UAUACCUAUGCGUAUUAUUAUUAUGUGUACAAAAAUCGGAUAAAAACGGGUUUUCAUUUUUUUCGACCUAUACGCAUCACCAUGCGUUGUCUUAGGCUUUUCUUAACAGACCUUUGUGUACGGUUUUUGUUUGAUCUAGUGGUAGUAUUACUCAUAAUAAGGUCAUUAGAUUAUCAAUACGACAGCCGUAUACGUAUGUAUUUACGUACAUUCAUUAUAUAGAUUUGUACACACGAUGAUGAAUCGUCGACAGAUCGUUGUUCAUUGUGUUUUGAUCGGUCUAAUCGGCAGUUGCAUUCGUACGUUUAUUACAUGAAACCUAUAGCUGCACAGUGUCUUAACGACGGUGCGAAGAUGAUUUCCUUUUUUGAUUUGAUAAUUUUUCUUAACGUGUUUAUCACUGCGAUUUCCGUUUCGGAUGCGUACAUUCCAGACGCGUCGUUAAGUGUGCCUAAAAUAAUUAAACGUUAUGGUUAUCCGUCUGAAACUCAUAUCGUGGAUACGAAGGAUGGAUAUCUAUUGGAAGUUCAUAGAAUACCGCACGGAAAAAAAAAUAAUCAGUACAGAAAUUUCCCAGUGUUUUUACAACACGGGGUUGUAGCUAGUUCUGCUGACUGGAUUAUCAACGGGCCCACUAAAGCAUUGGCUUAUCAGCUAGCGGAUAAUGGUUUCGACGUAUGGUUAGGAAAUUCAAGAGGCAACACGUAUUCUCGUACCCACAAAAUUCUCAGUCCAGAUAGCGAAGAAUUUUGGAAUUUCAGUUUUCAUGAAAUGGGUAUCUAUGAUUUGCCAGCCACCAUUGACUACAUACUAGAACGCACAAACCGAAGUCAAUUAUACUACGUCGGCCAUUCGAUGGGAUCUUGUAUGUUUUUUGUCAUGUGUUCUAUGCGCCCAGAAUAUAAUUAUAAAAUACGAGCACAAAUAAGUUUAGCUCCAGUGGCUUACGUUCAUCACAUGACUUCUGUUUUAAAUAGUAUGGUUCCGUAUGCAAACCAAAUACAAAAAGCUUCAAAUUGGAUUUCAAAAGGUGCGUUUUUACCGCAAAACGCUGCCAGCAAAUUAGUUAACAAGUAUUUGUGUGGCGAUAACGCUAUGAAUUCGGCAAUAUGUAAAAAGUAUAUUGUUUAUAAAAUGUUUGGGGAAGAUUCUGUUCAAUUUGAUAUGACUUUACUUCCCAUAAUAUUGGGUCACAAUCCAGCUGGCACAUCAGUGAAAACUUUAAUUCAUUUCGCACAAGAAAUUACUACAAAAAACUUCCAACAAUUCGAUUUUGGAAUAGAAAAAAACCUUGAGGUUUAUAAUUGUUCACAUCCGCCCAAGUACAAUUUGAGCAAUAUAAUUGCACCCAUCGCAUUUUAUUAUGCUAAAAAUGAUAUAAUAGCAGAUCCUAUAGACGUGGCGGAGUUAUAUUCUCGUUUACCAAAUAGAUUAGGGAUACAUCUCAUAAAAUUUGAUCAAUUCAACCAUGUUGAUUUUCUGUACAGUAGAAAUGUAACUGAUAUGGUAUAUGAAAGUGUAAUGAAUACAAUAUUUAAAGCUGAAUUAGUUGAUUGGAUACCAGAGUUUGAUAAUACAACUACAUUUAAAGCCUCAAGUGAUAAUAUUCAAUGCUAUGACGAAAGAAGGGCAAAGAAAACAAACAAUGGUUUUUGGCAUAAAUUUACUUCAUUUAUGAAAAGGAAAGAAGUGUAUCCAUUAAAAAGUUUUUCAGAAGAUCAUGAAGAAAAUGUUAAGUCCAGGCACGCAAUUAAAAUGGCAUGGAAUCAAACAAAUUUUGAAUAAUAAUUUUAGUAUUUAUAUACAAUUAACAUGUAACUUUUUUAUUAUUGAAAAUUAAUUGU